CUCGGUAUCAUCAACAGUUUCAAAAACUUAACACACGUUCAAAGUUACAGUGUUGAUUGCUGUCAAUACCGUCUAGAAGGAUGUUUUCCCGCUGUUCCUUUGUUUUGUACCUUAAGGUGGCGGUCACUAUUCUCUCCACUAUUGCUGUCUUGUCCACCAUCGAGUUUAUCAACACAACCUUUCACCGACGUGCAAUCAGCUCCGAAAUGCCAAGGUCUUGGCACGCCAGAACGCCUUACCUUGUGGACACCCCGGCUUGUAAAAUCCCUAACCUGGAUCCAUAUGACCCUUCAGUAGUGCAUUUUAUCAAGCCUCAACAAAACCCGAUUUUGUGUAACAAAAAGCUAUCGCUAACAUUCGAAAACGGAACCAAACUUCAGAUCAACUGGACAGCAGUCAGCCAUUCCAGAUGGAGUGAAGAAUUUGGUUACUGUAGAUAUCAACCGAUUUAUAGACCGCCAGAUAACCAUGACAACAAUUAUUUUACAUAUUUGGAAAUCAGUGAUGAAAUCAAUGGUACAGUUGAAAUGAAACAUGAAUUUAUCAGAGUUAUGUGCUACAAUCGCAACCAUGGAAAAAUUUAUACAAAUUUUCAUCAAUUCAUCUUACCGAAACCUGAUGUGGAAGAAAGGUGUUCACUUGCGUUUGUUAAACAUAAGAACAGUCCGUACGUGAAGGAGACGCUUAAUGUUGUCAUGAUUGGCGUUGAUUCAAUCUCAAAGCUAAAUUCACAGAGAUAUCUGAAACGCAUGCGCACAUUUUUAAUGGAGGAACUCGGUGCCUUUGAAAUGACAGGUUAUAAUAAGGUUGCAGACAAUACAUUCGUGAAUAUUGUUCCAAUGACGAUGGGAAAAUUCUUAGAAGAGGUACCAUGGAACGAAAGCAUGAGUAAAAUUCCAUUUGAUAAAUACGAUUUCAUUUGGAAACAAUUCGCUUCAAAAGGGUAUAGGACUCUUUACGCAGAAGAUGCACCCGAGAUCGCUAUCUUUGAUUAUCUAAAAUCUGGUUUUCAUCGGUCGCCAGCAGAUUACUUCAACCGACACUUCUCAUUGGCUAUGACAACAGAUAAAAGUGUCUGGUAUGACAGCCAUAACUGCGUAACAGACCGUUUAGAGACUGAUAUAAUCCUCAGUUACAUCUAUAACUUUAUGGAUAAAUACAAAUACGAACCACAUUUUGCAUUUUCGUUUAUCACAGGUUUAACUCACGACUUUCUCCAAAGUGCUGGAUAUGCAGAUAUUCCAUAUUUAAAUUUUCUCAAGAAACUGCGAGAAAACGAACAACUGAACAACACAGUGUUAAUUUUGUACAGUGAUCAUGGGAUGCGAUUCGGCAAACUUCGUGAGUCGUACAUCGGAAAAAUGGAGGAACGACUGCCUUUUCUUUUCUUUGUUUUCCCACAAUGGUUUCUGGCAAAAUAUCCCGUGUAUGCAGACAAUCUAAGGACAAAUAGCCACAGACUGACGACACCAUUCGACAUUUAUGAAACCCUCUCUGAUAUCCUAUAUUUUAACAAAUCGAUUCCGUUUAGAAAGGGGUUUAAAAAUAGAGGAAUUAGUUUAUUUAAGGAAAUACCGGAAGACAGAGGAUGUGAGGACGCAGGAAUACUUCCUCACUGGUGCACAUGCGCAGAAUUUCAAACGCUAUCUCCCACCAAUGAAAUAGUACAAAAAAUUGCCAGUUAUAUGAUUAAAAACAUAAACAGUCAACUUAUUGAAGUGUCUAAUAAAUGUGCAUUUCUUAAAUUAGGAAAAAUCAAAACUGCAGUUAAAUUACUUCCGUCAGAAAAAGUGCUAAGAUUUCAAGAGAGUAAAAAUGACGUCAUCAAUAGGUUUGUGAAAUAUGGAAACCGAUCUAAAGCUCAAGUGAAUUAUCAGCUAACAUUCAGCACUGUUCCAGGGGACGCCGUGUUUGAGGCCACUAUGCAGUUUGAUGAAGUUGACCAUUCCUAUAAAAUGAUUAGUGAUAUCAGUAGAAUCAAUGCGUAUGGCAAGCAAUCUGUCUGUAUUGAUGUCCACAAACUAAGAAAAUUCUGCUUUUGCACAUCUUGAUAAUAUUUUAAUAAAUAAACAUAAAA